AAUGACGACUCUCUGGCGCAGAGGUAUCCAUCACUAUUGACCCCGAGUCAGCCUAGCGUCGGUGAGGCACCGGGGUCCAUAGAUGGUCACAGCACGUCUUCCUUUGGUUCUUAGGUUCGUUGCUUUCAUCAUAAAGUCGUGUGAUCAAAUUAGUCGCUCCAAACGAAGUGUCCGAUUCAUUCGUUGGCUGGCAAGCUGUGACCACUGUUUUGGUAAGAACAAAAUGUUGGAAAUGAGACGACGACCUAAUACGCUGGAUUCCUGUCUGAUCAUCCAUUUCUUCCCUACAAAGCCAGACGCAAUGCACCUACAGUACUCCGUGCUUCUAACAGAGAAGACCCAUAAACACAAACCUUCACAAACUGUCAUCCUGAGAAUUAGAUGCUAAUAGUAUUUGAGAGUACGGAGGAAAGAAGCAAAUUGUGACUUACAGCGGCUCGUCACUUGCUCCACUGUGUCAGCCACAUGCCCCAGCAGCGCCCCAGCCACUCUUAGCUCCUCCAGCCACACAUGACAUCUUUCGUGUCUAUCAGACAUCUGAUAGCAAAACUUCCAGACCAUCUUUUAGUUUGCACAUGCACACAU